GAUCACAUGACCACACAGAGCGGUAGUGCUACACAGGGCAGUGUUUAUAUGUUUAUAUUUUAUUCACUUUAUAGCAUUAAAGACAUCAGACUAGAUUAGAAUAAAGUAAGAGUGGAUCAGACAGUGAUUUCUUUUUAUUAGUGUACCAGGCUGUGUACAUGUAAAUCAGAAGCAUUAAUAUUGAUCAGUAUCCAUUAUUAUUGAUUACUGAUUGAUCAGUAGUAGUAGAUGGAUCAGGGGGGUGGAGCAGGUGGAGGUGCAGCAGGUGGAUUUCUGGGUGGAAGUUGUGCUGCUGAAAUCUCUCUGAUGGUUAAAAAGCUGCAGGAUGUAGACCAGGACCAGUUCAGAUCAAUACUGACAGCAGUAGUAAAGGUGUUGGAGGGGGGUGACUGCAGAGAGUUGAUGAUGGACCUGGUGCAGAAAUAUUCAAUUCCAGAAGAAAAACUGGGUGUGAUUAUUUCAGGAAUUUAUCGACUUUUAAAAGAAACCUUGCGUCUCCCACAGUCCUCAUUAAAACAGGAGGUUUUUGCACAGGAUCUGCGGGAUCUCAGAAUUCCUGAAGAGUUUAUUACAGAUUUUUGCAGUGUUGUGUUUGGGAACAGGCGAGCUGUACUGGAUGCUGCUGUAAAAGAUCAGAUGUUGAGGUUUCCCAGAUUAGACGAUUUCAGAUGGCGAGUGGAUGUUUCUAUUUCCACCAGUUCAUUAGCUCGAGCUCUUCAGCCAUCUGUUCUGAUGCAGCUAAAACUUUCUGAUGGUAACCUUCAUCAGUUUGAGGUUUCCACGUCCAAGUUUCAGGAGCUGAGGUAUAACGUUGCUCUGGUUCUGAAGGAGAUGAAUGAUCUGGAGAAGAGAAAUGUGCUUCGAAUCCAGGACUCUCAUCCCAAUUAAUUCAACCUCAUAUUAUAUGCAUCUCAGAUUAGAUUAAAUGAACCUGAGAUUAAAGCCUGCAGCUGUGACACACAGCACUACCUGCUGCACCAUGUUGUUAAAGCAUCUGAUGGGUUUAAAGCUGCAUUAUUUAACCUUGUCACAAAAUUCUAUAUGUUUGAUUUGUUUUACAUUUAAUUGUUUGUAACAUUUAUCUAAUAAAUCUGUCACUUACAUUUCA